AUGACCACGGCCCAUCGUCCCACCUUUUUCCCGGCUCGCGGAGGAACCGCCCGUGGUGAGGGUGAUCUGUCCAAAUUGUCGGCUCAAUACUCGUCAAAAGACAUGCCGUCGCACACGAAGAUGAAGUACAGACAGACCGGACAGGGAACCGAGGACGAUUUGAGAAAGAAGGAUCUCCGUCGCGAAUUGGAAGACAAGGAACGCAAUGCCGCUCGCGAGAAGCGUGCCCGUGAAUCUGCCUCUUCCACGUCUUCCAACCACUCUAAACGUCAACGAAUGGAUCAAAUCGCGGCGGAAUCUGCAGCCGCCGUGGACGCAGAUGAAGCAGUGGACGAGUUGAACUCAUCAGAUGACGACGAUUCUGAUGAGGACGAUACAGCAGCGUUGAUGGCAGAAUUGGAGAAGAUUAAGAAGGAGAGAGCCGAGGAGAAGGCGGCGAGAGAUGAGGAGAUCAAGGAGAAGGAAGAGAAGGAGAGAAUGGCGAAUAUUCUAGCUGGAAAUCCACUGCUCAACGAGUCGGGGCCAUCUGGAUCGUCGGGGUCUUCUGGAGACUUUACGGUGAAACGACGAUGGGAUGAUGACGUGGUAUUCAAGAAUUGUGCGAAGGGAGUCGAGGAGAGAAAGAAGAAUGUGACAUUCAUCAACGAUGCGAUCAGAUCGGAAUUCCACAAGAAAUUCAUGGACAAAUACAUUAAAUAA